AUGUAUCAACCACCAAAGGUUAUGUUUGAAUUUGUUAGCGGAAUAGAGGAAUCAUUGGCAAAUAAAUUAAAAAGCCUAGGAGUUUUUGUCAAUGGUGAAAUAUUACCCAAUUUUAAACUCAAUACAAGCGAUAACUUUGAAGAAUCAUGGGAGUCUAGUGAAGAGGAGUAUGAGGACAUUAAUGAACAACCCAUCAUGCACGAAGUCCCACAAUGCCUUGAGAACCGAUUGGAAAUAAAGACAUUAAAUUUGGAUGUCACUGCUAUGAUGGCUUAUGUUAGCAACAUGACAAAUGGGCAUUAUAAUUACAUUUUUAAACAAGAAGUGCUUACUCAACAAGCUGCUUGGGAAGCAGAAAGACCUGUCAAACCCAUUUUAGAACGACUAUUUCAAGGAAAGGCUUUAGUGUGCUGCCGAACGGCAUGGGACGAUUUUGAGAAAAUUGUUAACACUUUGGGGGGACCAUUAGAAAAAGCAAGGACGGCAAGUUUAAAAGAGAUUGUCUCUGUUCACCCCGACGAUAGUGGAGGUUCUGAUGAUUAUCCGAGGCAAAACUUGAAAGUUCGGGGACAUGUUCGUCUACGUUCGAAAAUUAUUUUCAAUUUCGGCCAUAGAUUAAAAGCACUGACGGUGUCUGCUAAUGACGGUUUUGUUAGAGCUGCUUUGCAACAGGGUGUGACCUAUGCGGCGUUUAUACACGAGUCACGAGCUCUAACAGAAGGCAAAGAAGAAAGUGCGACUAAAAUAGUGUUA